AUGGCGACUCUUACCCAAAUGGCAGCCUCCUCUGCUCUCGACAUGCAGCAGGCCAGUUCCCCCUUGUACCGCGGAAAGGCGACCAGCGAACCCAAAGCCAAUGCCACGACCAACGGCACGACCAAGCGUGCUCGUGACACCAAAUACCGUCAUGUCUUUGCAACGCACUCGUCUUCCCGUACCUCGUGUCUCAGCCAAGAUGCAGAUAAGGUUCCCAGCUUCGUCGGCUUCAGGAAUCUUAUGAUCCUGGUUCUUAUUGUCUCCAACCUGCGAUUGAUGAUUGUGAACCUGCAGAAGUAUGGUGUCCUCAUCUGCCUAUCAUGUCACGACUACCGUCGCUCCGACGUCAUCACCGGGUUGCUCCUAUACCUCCUCGUCCCUGCGCACCUCUUCGUAACCUACCUCAUCGAACUUGCCGCGGCCUGGCAGGCCAACCGAGCCUACGCCCGUAUAUCGCACGAACGUGACCAAGACACGCCCGCCAAAUACGCCGCUGCACUUCGCAGCUUCAACUCAACAUGGUACAUCGUAGCCUUCUUCCAUAGCAUCAACGCAGUCGCAAACCUCUAUAUUGCGACCAAGUACGUCUAUUACGACAUAUACCACCCCGGCAUUGGCACGCUCUGCGAAUUUCACGCCGUCAUCGUCUUCCUCAAGUGCGCUUCGUACGCGCUUACAAACCGCGAUCUUCGCCAUGCCUACCUGCACCCCAAGCAAGCCGAUCCCUUACCGGAACUAUACAAAGCAUGUCCAUACCCGCAAAACAUCAACAUGAAGAACCUAUGCUACUUCUGGUGGGCACCGACCCUUGUCUACCAACCCGUCUAUCCUCGAACCGAUAAGAUUCGCUGGGACUUCGUCCUCAAGCGCCUCGCCGAGCUCACAGGUCUUAGCAUUGUCAUUUGGAUCGCAUCUGCCCAAUACGCUGUGCCCCUGCUACAGAACUCGCUCGACAAGAUCCUUACCUUGAAUUUCACAUCCAUUGCCGAACGCGUCAUGAAGCUAUCCACCAUCAGUGUCUUCUGCUGGCUCUGUGGCUUCUUCGCCCUCUUCCAAUCCGCCCUCAACGCCCUCGCAGAAGUAAUGCGUUUCGGUGACCGAGAGUUCUACGGCGACUGGUGGAACGUGUCUUCCAUCCGUACCUACUGGACGACUUGGAAUAAGCCCGUAACAAACUUUAUGCGUCGCCACAUCUACUCGCCCCUUGUUGGUCGCGGUGUGCCUCCCGCAGUAGCCCAGAUUCUCGUCUUUCUCUUCUCGGGUAUCCUACACGAACUUCUUGUCGGCGUUCCCACCCACAACGUUAUUGGUGUUGCAUUUGCUGGCAUGAUGUUCCAAAUCCCGCUUAUCGCACUUACCGACGUAAUUCAAAAGGUCAAGUGCAUCCAAGGCAAGGUUGCGGGUAACAUGAUCUUUUGGAUGAGCUUUUGCUUAGUUGGACAGCCACUUGCUGCGUUGCUUUAUUUCUUUGCUUGGCAUGCGAAGUACGGAAGCGUAAGUAAGAGCGUGGGGGAAAGUGCUGUUAAUGUGUUCUAUCGGCGAUAG